AUGUCCUUAGCUAAUGACACCCAGUUCCACCCAUCCUCCUUCCUGCUUCUGGGAAUCCCGGGAUUAGAAAACAUCCACAUCUGGAUUGGAUUUCCCUUUUGUGCUGUGUAUCUGAUUGCACUCAUAGGAAACUUCAUUAUCUUAUUUGUGAUCCAGACUGACCACAGCCUCCACGAGCCCAUGUUCAACUUCCUGGCUAUGCUGGCUACUAUUGACUUGGGGGUGUCCACAGCCACCAUCCCUAAGAUGCUGGCCAUAUUCUGGUUCAGCCUCAAGGAGAUAACUUUUGGGGCCUGCCUCACUCAGAUGUUUUUCAUUCACAUCUUUACUGGCAUGGAGUCAGUAGUACUUCUUGCUAUGGCCUAUGAUCGCUAUGUAGCUAUUUGUAAUCCUCUGCAUUAUAGCACAAUUCUUACUAACAAAGUAGUAUCCCUAAUUGGUUUUGGGGUGGUUGGGAGAUCUUUUCUCUGUGUGUUUCCCUUUGUUUUUCUCAUCUUGCGACUACCCUUUUGUGGACACCAUGUCAUCCUCCACACCUAUUGUGAGCACAUGGGUCUUGCUCGUCUUGCCUGUGCAAGUAUCAGGGUUAAUAUCAUAUAUGGUCUGGGAACCAUCGCUAUCCUGGGGUUUGACAUUGUGGCCAUUGCUCUCUCCUAUGUCCAAAUUCUCUGUGCUGUUUUUCGUCUCCCCUCGCGCGAAGCCAGGCUCAAAUCUCUCAGCACUUGUGGUUCCCAUGUCUGUGUAAUUUUGGCCUUUUAUACUCCAGCCCUCUUCUCUUUUAUGACACAUAGAUUCGGCCAUAAUGUUCCUCGCUACAUUCACAUCCUACUGGCCAAUCUGUAUGUAGUUAUUCCACCAAUGCUGAACCCUGUUGUGUAUGGAGUCAGGACCAAGCAGAUCCGUGAAAGGGUGGUGAGGAUAUUCAUUUAG